AUGUCCGUCCCCAACGCAACGCCGCCUUUGCUCCUCACCAAGAGGCUUAAUACUUUCCUCCACUCUCACCAAACCGCCCACCUACCUACUCUCCUCCUCACUACCUCCCAAGGCAAACUCCUGGCGCACGCCUCCUCACAGCCCGUCUCCGUGCUGCGUACCCAUGCCACCGUUGCCGCCUCUCUCCUCGCUAUCCACACAUCUUCCUCGGCUGCCAUCCCGACUGCUCUGCCUGGAUCGCGCACGCCCGAUCCUAUGAGCAGUUCUCCCGGCAGUCCUCGUGGAAGCGACGAUCACCACCUCGACCACGACGAUGACGACCACGACGAUGGCCAGCACGCGACCGAGUCAUCCGACAGAGCGCGAUCCAAGCAGAGGCUAAGACGCACCAUCAGACCCGUCACCAUCACCGUCCAGCUCAGCGAAGGUACCGUCAUCAUUCGGCGCCUGAAAUGUGGCCUACUUUUCGUCUGCGUCGGUCCCGCUGCGUAUAGCCUGCAGGACCAGCACCACCAGUCAUCGCACUCUCACCACGAAAACGGUGACGGCGUUGGAAGCCCGAGCGAGGUGGAAAGCCUGAUAAGUGCAGGUGGCCUGACAACUUCGAGCUUGGAGAGCGCGAGUGCCGCGCCGGUGGUGGCGAUGAGGAGACAUGCCGCCGAGUUGGCGCGGUGGUUGGACGAGAAGCUUGGAACACUCAAAGUCCCUGAGGAGGGCAUUGGUGUUGUCGAGUUGUAA